AUGGACUCCCUCUUAAUUUUCAGCCUUUUUGCUUACUUUCUCCUCAUUUCCAGAGCUGCAUUCGGAGCCACAUUCACAUUCGUAAACAAAUGCGAGUCCACCGUAUAUCCCGGCAUACUCGCGAACGCCGGCAGCCCCACACUCGUCACCACCGGAUUCGAGCUGCCGCCGGACUCCACCCGUUCCUUCCCCGCCCCCGCUGGCUGGUCCGGCCGGUUCUGGGCCCGGACCGGCUGCACGUCCUCCGUCUCCGGCCAGAUCUCCUGCCUGACUGGCGACUGCGGGUCGGGUGAACCCGAAUGCAACGGGCUCGGCGCCGCCCCGCCCGCCACUCUGGCGGAGUUCACGCUCGGAACCAACGGGGGGCUUGAUUUUUACGACGUGAGCCUCGUGGACGGUUACAACCUGCCGAUGAUAGUCGAGCCCUCCGGCGGCUCCUCCGGCACGUGCGCCUCGACCGGCUGCCUGACCGAUUUAAACCGAGCCUGCCCGACCGAGCUCAGGUUCGGCGGCGGGCAGGCGUGCAAGAGCGCUUGUGAGGCUUUCGGGAGUCCCGAGUAUUGCUGUAGCGGGGUUUUCAACUCGCCGGCCACUUGCCGGCCGUCGGUUUAUUCACAGAUGUUCAAAUCGGCUUGCCCGAGAUCUUACAGCUAUGCCUAUGAUGACUCGACUAGCACUUUCACUUGCUCCGGUGCCGAUUAUACUGUGACUUUUUGCCCCUCUAUGCAAAGCCAAAAAUCCACAAAAGAUCCAACUCCAACAACAGUGAUGUCACCACCUGGGACCACUGGUUAUGAUGGUUCUUUACCAGGCUCAUCAGACCCAACCAUGGGUGGGUCCGGGUCAGGACCCGGAUUCGGCUUCACAGGGUCGAACCAAGAUCCAGCAUCCGGGUCAGGAUCUCAAGCAAUGGUGGCAGAUGGAUCUUGGUUAGCUGGUUUGGCUAUGGGGGACUCCCCUGGGGUUCACUGCACCUCAACUUUACAUUAUGCUGUCUCAAUUGGAGCUGCUUUUAUUCUUGUUUUAUCAGGAUUGUCUUAA